AUCUGAUUAGGUGACGGGCUCCAUUCUCCGCUACCCUGCCCUGGUUCCAUCACAUUCGGAAAGUGUUCACCAAGGGAAAACUACCCAGGACCUCAUGGGGGCAGCUUCGCCCUGUGUCUGGACUGCGGUGUGGGCGCCUCACAGAUAGUCUAGUAACAGUGAUAGCUAUAGGGAUAGCAGAUCCGAAACUCCUGGACUUUACGUUUUCUUCCCAGUUCAGCGGUGGUGCAGUGUCCUCUACAUCCACGCGCCUUUCCCAAUGCACUCCGCCGCCGCCGCUUAAUUAAUACUGUGUUAAGUGUUGCACUUGAUUGUCUCCGCAGCCAGUUCCAGCCUCCUGGAACAGCCAUGACUCCAGCUUUGUAUGUGCCAGAUGCACAGCGCUGCCCAAGCAGAGCUGCUAUCUGAAUUCUCCAUGGAUGUGGCAAGGAGCAAUGCAUGCUAGGGGUGCCGCUGGAACAGUGUCGAUCAAGAGAAAUAUGUAGGCGGAAGACCUGUUACCUCCCUCCAGCAUGGACUUCCUGGUUCUCUUCUUGCUCUACUUGGCCUUCUUAUUGAUUGGUGCUGUCAUGAUCUGCAUCUUCACAAAAAACCAGCGUUUGAAGGGCCUGGUCCUGGGAGGAGCACAGGUAUGCUCCUGUGUAAUCCCGCAGUGCCUUCAGAGGGCCGCGCAGAGGCUGCUUCAUCAGCUCUUCUACACACGCAACCCCGCCUUCGUUGCCUUGCACCUGCUCUUGCAAGGCCUGGUUUAUGCUGAGUACACCUGUGAGAUACUCGGCUACUGCCAGGAGCUGGGGUUCUCUCUGCCCUCCCUUCUCCUGCCCUAUGUGCUGCUGAGCGCGAACCUGGUCUUCUUCACCAUGACUUGUUCUGCCAAUCCUGGCACUAUCACUAAAGCCAAUGAGUCAUCGCUCCUGCAAGUCUAUGAAUUCGAUGACGUGAUGUUUCCAAAGAACUCGAGGUGCUCCACUUGUGACUUGAGGAAGCCAGCCCGGUCUAAGCACUGCCGACAAACCCGGCCGUACCACGCUCCUCUCUCUGCAGGGGUGUGUGACCGCUGUGUGCACCGUUUCGAUCAUCACUGCGUCUGGGUGAACAACUGCAUCGGGGCCUGGAACACCAGGUACUUCCUCAUCUACCUCUUGACACUGACUGCAUCGGCCGCCACCAUAGCCUGUGUGAGUGCUGCCUUUCUGGUCCGCCUAGUGGCAGUUUCGGAUCUGUACCAGGAAACUUACAUUGAUGACUUUGGGCGUUUGCAGUCUGUGGACACAGUCUUUCUUAUUCAGUACCUGUUCCUGACCUUUCCACGGAUCAUCUUCCUGCUGGGCUUUGUCAUGGUACUGAGCUUGCUCCUGAUUGGCUACCUGUGCUUCGCGCUGUACUUGGCUGCCACCAACCAGACCACAAACGAGUGGUGUAGAGGUGACUGGGCCUGGUGCCAGCACUGCCCUGUGAUGGCCUGGCCCCGAUCAGCUGAACCCCACAUCUACCAGAACAUUCACUCCCAUGGGGUUUGGAGCAACCUUCGAGAGAUCUUUCUACCUGCCACCCCCAGUUCUGAGAAAAAGGAGAAAUAGAAUG